GAAAAAAUUAAUAGAUGGUUAGGGCUUGUGUUGCUAAAAACUUCAGCUCUAUCUAAUAUGGUAAGCUUGGAUCCAACUCCCAACUAAAAGGUAAGACCCUGGCACUUUAAUAAUCCCAGAUUCUUCAGUCUCAUACACUCAAUAUGAUCGAUUUCUACUAAUACAGGAAACACAUAAAUCAAUAAAAUACAAUCACUAUUUUACUAUCUAUCAACCAUGGAUGAUCUUGAAUAUGAUAGUGAAGAUGAAGUAGAGGAUGAAGAUUCUGAUUGGGAUGAGUAUCAAUAUGAUGAGGGAGUAGAAGAUGACCACCACAAUAAAAACUCUGAUGGAUUAAUUCCAUUUUCCACUGAUGGGAACAUUAAUGAUGGAUUUGCGUAUGACAGUCUUACCCCGGAUGGUGUCGUGGAUUUAAUGAAUGUCACUGUACACGAAGUGGCUGAGAUUAUACCUAUGGAUAAAACUGUACUUAGAAUAUUACUCGCACAUUUUAAGUGGGACAAAGAAAGACUUUUUGAGAAGUAUUAUGGAUGUGAAGGAAAUGAUCAGAAAUUUUUUGACGAUGCUCAUGUCGUUAAUCCGUUCUCCUCACACCAUCGAAAUGCUUCUAGUCAGUCCGGUUCAAAUGGCGAUAUGACUUGUGAAAUUUGCUGUUUACCUUUUUCUAAUGAUUUUAUGACUGGUUUAGCAUGUCAUCAUAAGUUCUGUAAAGGCUGCUGGACAGAGUAUCUUCGCACAAAGAUUAUGGAUCAAGGAAUGUCACAGACUAUAAGUUGUCCUUCAUAUGGUUGUGACAUUGUUGUCAAUGAUGAAAUUGUUAUGAACUUAAUCAGCAGCAAGAAAGUUAGAUUGAAAUAUCUUCAUUUGAUAUCUAACACAUUUGUUGAAUGCAAUUCCUUGCUGAGGUGGUGCCCAGCUCCAAAUUGUCUCAAUGUUGUUCGAGUUAAAUUUUCUGAUGCAAGGCCAGUAAAAUGUCAAUGCGGUAAAGAAUUUUGUUUUAAAUGUGGAGAGUCAUGGCACGAUCCGGUACUAUGUAUGUACUUGAAAAGAUGGAUCAAAAAAUGUGAUGAUGACAGUGAAACAUACAAUUGGAUAGCUGCCAACACAAAAGAAUGCCCAGCAUGUUUUGCAACCAUUGAAAAAGAUGGUGGUUGUAAUCAUAUGGUGUGUCGAAGUGUCAGCUGCAAACAUGAGUUCUGUUGGGUCUGUCUGGGACCAUGGGAGCCGCAUGGUUCUUCUUGGUACAAUUGUAAUAGAUUCAAGGAAGAAGAUGCUAAAAAGGCUCAAGAUUGUCAAGAGAAAUCACGUCAGGCUCUACAACGGUACUUGUUUUAUUGCAACAGAUAUAUGAACCAUCUGCAGAGUUUGCGUUUUGAACACAAGCUUUAUGCGCAAGUGAAAGUCAAAAUGGAAGAAAUGCAAAAGCAUGGAAUGUCCUGGAUUGAAGUGCAGUUUCUAAAGCAUGCUGUUGAUGUGCUUUGCCAGUGUCGUCAAAUGCUAAUGUACACUUAUGUUUUUGCUUUUUUUCUCAACAAAAAUAACCAAUCCAUUAUAUUUGAAGACAACCAAGCAGAUUUGGAGAAGGCAACAGAAGUUCUCAGUGAAUAUCUAGAACGAGACAUAACCACUGAUGCUGUGCAGGACAUUAAGCAAAAAGUACAAGACAAAUACAGAUACUGUGCUAAUAGACGGAAGCUGCUCCUUUCCCAUAUUUAUGAAGGAUAUGAAAGUGAUCUGUGGGAUUUUAAUGACAAAGUAUAAACUGUUUUGUUAUCAUAUUAUGCUGAUGAAUACUUUAUAUGCACAUUAUUUUUGCCUUUUUCACAUAACUAGAAAUGUGUCAUACCUAACUGGGUGACUCAAAAAUAUUGCUAUAUAAGACAGCCCAUAAAAUCCCCAAAGCAUACAAAUUCAUUAAUAUGAACAUCAUGACAGUUUAUUGUAAUAUGCGAAUAAGAAUCAGUUUGUAUCUGCCUAUAUGGAUGGCUAUAUGAGAUUUUUGGCAAAUUGUUAAAACGUGAACAAUUAUAAAAUAAUCUUGAAGCAAGCAAAUUUUUUAAGCUACAACGUAUAAAAUGCUCAUUCACAAACAUAAUAUCUACCUUACUUCUUUUUAUAAAUGCUUCUCAUACGGUCUACCUACAGUUUGGUAGCGGCCAACAAUGCGAUGGGCUGUGAGGAUGAUCGUAUUUAAAUAAAUCAUUAGUCUAGAAUCUAUAGUUUUCUGAUACUAUUUAUUUCAAUUUCAACGUGUUACAUGUUUUAGAACUAUCUAAUCUGCCUCAAAAAGGUUGAAUAUGGUGGAUAUUCUGUUUGUUGUUCAGCUUUUAACUCCAUUUAAAACAAGCGAUGGCUGGCAAAUUCUCAGUUCCUAUACACAAUAUAUUAUAGACCAGGGAUGGUGAACCUACUUUGUUGAUUGGGUCAUACAUUAUUUUUUUUUACAAAUAAAAAGAAUGUCAGCCAUGCAUUUACAUUGUUUUAAACUAUAAUUAUAAUAUUACCAGAAGGUUACGCUACUGCUUUCCAAGCUUAGUUUGUAAAUUUGGAGGAAUACGAUAAUGGAUACCCUGAAAAUCUUCUUUUGGCCCCGUUAAUGGACCUACGAUAGAAUACCACUGUCUUAAACAGAACGACUUGCCACGAAUAGAUUCAACCCUGUGGGAAUUUCGGUUCGUCGUAUUGUUAUGAUGUCAUAACAGCAUUAUUGCCUGCAGCAUACUAAUAUACCGGAACUACUAUAAUAAUUUAUAAUUUAGGAUGAAAUUAAUUAUUACAAAAUUUUUAUCACCAAACUGUUAGUACCUUCUUUGCAACACUAAAUUUUGACGGGUUGCUGAAAAAUAUUGCGGGUCAAUUUGUGACCCGUGGGCCAGUUGUUCGCCAUCCCUACUAUAGAGACUAACUUGAUCUGUUUUGUGAUCGUUACUUGAGCUGUUUUUUUAUAACUGUAAUUGAAUGAAAUCACCCUCUUGUUGGAUAUUUGUUGGUAUUUAUUUGAAGAAGAUUGACUGUUAAUCUCAUUCUGUAUUCUUGUUAUUAUUAUAACUUAUCGCACUAUGAUUUAUACUGAUGUUUCAUUCAAGCUAUUGCCAUAUUUGAUAAAAGACUUUGGAUUGGCUUGGGUUAAUGAUAUCAUUAACUAAUCAUCAACAGUUUAUCAUAUAUCAUUGCUCUGACAUCUAGUACACAAAUAAAUUGGGAAAUGAAAUCAUAUACCCUGAUUUUGGAUUAAGAAGUAUAAUGCUAUGACAACAUCGAAUACCGGUAUUCUAAAUUGUUAUGCUGCUCUAUAAGAAGCAUCUUAAUUUCACUCCGCCAAACAAGCAUUUUACAUUUGUUAAAUUUUAAGUCACAUUUGUAUUAAAGUGAUAUUUCAUUUUGUAUGUGCAUGAGCAAGAAUAUUUUCAGCCUGAUUAACAAAAUCCAAGAUUUUAGAUUACCGUAUGUCUCAUAUAUUGUCCACACAAUAAUACCAGCGGUAACUAUCAGAAAACUAAUCUCAUCUAUGUGGUUAUGACAAGUAAUUUUGAGUAUUAUAAAUUCUUUUAAUAAUUGAUAGAUGAUCCUAAAAUGAAAAAUAUUAGUUGCUAUCCAAAACACUGGGACAGGUUUUGCCUCUCGGAAUACAAUUUCAGCGUCCUUCGAGUCAGGGGAUUGUAUUACCAGUAUUUACUAAAUAAGGAUAUUUUUUCAUUGGGCUAUAGCAGAAUGCUGUGAAUUUUAUAUGAUUAUUAUGUCUACUGCAUGCUGAAGAGCAAUAUUUAUGAUCUAACUUUAUUUAAACAGUUGUCACAACAUUUGAAACUUUGUGUAUUUAUGAUGAGACAUUGCAUCAUCCAAGUGUCUUUGUUACAUUUUGAAAAAGGGACAAUGGGGAUAUAAUUAAGUAGGGUCUAUACUAGUCUUAUUUCGUUUAAAUUGUGCUUGUGACCGUCGGGAUAGUUUAUAUAUGUUUAAUUAAGAAACAAAAUUCUUAAAGAGUGUGGGUGUACGCGCAUAGGACUGUAUUCUAUGUUGGAUAUUUUGCAUAACAUAAUAUGACCUUUGUGAGGUUAAUGUUAAAGUUCUCUAUUCAAUAAGACUGACAUAUGAUAUAUUCAUGUAUAAUCCCAAGACCAUUCUUUGCAAAAAGUCAUGUUUUUUUUCUGGUAUUCAAAGUCUGAUUGGACAUACCUUUUUAUGUCCUUUUAUUGUCAAUGUUGUAAUUUUCAUUUCUUAUUGUAUUACUAUGCUUUGGUCACUGAAAUAUCAAUGUAUUACUAGUUCAAUGCUAUCAAAAAUAAAUUGAAUUUUUAAAGACAUUGA